AUGGUUAAGGAGACCGACCUUUUGGGUGUGAACCCUUCGGCUGGUGACGAUGAGAUCAAGAAGGCGUACCGCAAGAACGCCCUCAAGCACCACCCGGACAAGGGCGGUGACCCCGAGCUCUUCAAGGAGCUGACCCACGCUUACGAGGUGCUUUCGGACGGCAACAAGAGGUCAAUCUACGACCAGGCCGGCAAGGAGGGCCUUGAGGGCGGCGCUGGCGGUAUGGGCGGCAUGGACCCUCAGGACCUGUUCAGCCAGCUCUUCGGCGGCGGCGGUGGUGGUUUCUUUGGCGGUGGUGGUCGCCCAUCUGGUCCCCGUCGCGGAAAGGACCUCGUUCACCGCAUCGUCGUUUCGCUCGAGGACCUGUACAAGGGCAAGGUGCAGAAGCUUGCUCUGUCCAAGUCGGUGCUCUGCAAGGGCUGUGACGGCCGCGGCGGCAAGAAGGGCGCUGUCCACACCUGCACGUCAUGCCGUGGCCAGGGCUUCAAGGUCAUGUUCCGCCAGCUCGGCCCCAUGAUGCAGCAGAUCCAGCAGCCCUGUAACGAGUGUGAGGGUACCGGCGAGAUCAUGAACCCCAAGGACAGGUGCAAGACCUGUAACGGCAAGAAGGUCAUUUCGGAGCGCAAGGUCCUCGAGGUCCACAUCGACAAGGGCAUGAAGUCGGGCCAGCAGAUCAAGUUCCAGGGCGAGUCGGACCAGGCUCCAGGUGUCAUCCCUGGCGAUGUCGUUAUCGUGAUUGAGGAGAAGCCCCACGAGCGUUUCCAGCGCAAGGGCGACGACCUCUUCUGCGAGCAGGACAUCGACCUUCUCACCGCCCUUGCCGGCGGCGAGUUCACCAUCCCCCACCUCGACGAGCGCGCUCUCCACGUCACCAUCGUUCCUGGCGAGAUCAUCAAGCCCGGAGCCAUGAAGUGCAUCUCGUCCCAGGGUAUGCCUUCGUUCCGCCACCACGAGAUGGGUGACCUCUUUGUCCGCCUCAACGUCAUCUUCCCCGAGACUCUUGGACCCGAGUCGUUCCCCCUCCUCGAGAAGGCUCUUCCUACCCGUCCUGCUCUCCCCAAGUACGACGCCAAGAUCCACCUCGACGAGGUCACUCUCGAGGAGCCCAACGACCGCCAGCGCCGUACCGCCAACUCGAACGGCGACGACAUGGACGAGGACGACGAGGACCGCCCCGGUGUCCAGUGCGCUCAGCAGUAA